UUUUUUUUUCUCUUCUAUCCGUUCGCGCCGUUCGUGUGCACGCUUCGUUUGUUUGCUUUCGGUGUCGCCAGGACCACGUGUGUCGUGUCGUCGUGCACGCUCCUGCGCUUCACUUUCCAGUUUUUGUCUCUGUUUUCUUCUCUCGUUGUCAGUAUUGCUAUUUUUCUUUCUCUAUCUCUCUUAUUCUUUUUCUUCUUAAAAAAAAAAAGAAAAGAAAAGAAAAGAAAAGAAAAGAAUGAAAAAAAGUAAACGUCGUCUCGUCGUCUCGUCGCACGGUCGACGAGCGCUCGUUCGUUGGUAGAAAAAUGACGCGAACGUAACUUAUGGAACAGUGCCGCGGUGGUUGCAGCCACGAGAUGGUAAACUCCCCUGCAACUGCAGCGACAAUGGCGUACCCGAGCUUGGAGGAGGAGAGGCGGUCGAGCGGUCACGGCCAACGUCACGCCAACCACGACGCCUACCACGACGACGAUGAUGUCGAUCACCGUCGAACCGUCGAGAGCCGCGACCACGGUUCGUUCUCUCGGCGUCCCGUUUCCGCGCCGCCGCCGUGCCCCGCCGUCGAGCAACACCACGUUGUACACGACGAACCGUGCACCGGUUGUACCAAUCUUCACCACCACCUUACUUCCACUAUACUUAAUCGUGAUUUUGCGCACAGCUACCGACCCAACGCCGACGGAUGCAAUGCCUCUCCCUUCCAAUCGGCCGGGGCGACCACGUCCUUCGAUCGCGUGUGGCCGGUCGAGGAGAGCGUCCAGAGAAAGAAGCCGAACGAGAGGCAGAGAUCCAGGAAGCAGAGCCAGCCGAGGAAGAUAACGUGGAGUCAAGAGUUCGAGGACGAGGAUUUGAUCGAGGGGAGCAGCGAAGGGGAAGAGGAGAAGCAGAGGCAAAGGCAGGAGCUGGAGAUGCAGGGGCAGCGCGAGGAGAAGGAGGGGGACGAGGAGGCGGCGAGCGCAGAGGGGUCGGCCCCGAAGCCGAUCGAGAAACAGCUGGACGAGUUGAAGGAGCGUUACCAACGCCUUCAACUGACCAAGCGAAAUUUGCUCAAGUGUCGCCUCUGCCCCGACGACGCACCGGCCAGGGGCCACGUUUGCCUGCCUUAUCACACCAAGGCUUCUCUCACCCUUCACAAGCUGUGGAGACACGAGGGAAGGCGCAAGAAGACCUCGAAUUCGGUCCCUAAAUCGGAUCGCCCCGUGUCCCAACAGGUGUCCUCCUCUAUCACGUUGAAGGCGACCGUGUUCACCAACCCUGAAUACGUGUACAACAGAUAACAGUUGGUCUCGAGAGGGUUGUACGAGCGUGAAGAUGGAUCUCGAAACGCAUUGGUUCCGCCGGAUCGCGACACGGUUGUUUGACCGAAAGGAAAAGGGAGACAGGAAAGUAGGCGCUUUCUUCCAAGACUGAUCAAUUCUCGCGAUUGAACGCCUCGAUAUAAUUGCGCGUACGGUGUCGCGAGAAUCGCGAGAAUUGAACGAGAAAUAGAUUUCUUUGUUGCCUGAUGACGUUCGAUGACGUUUCGUUAUUAGAGAUUUUCUAAAGACUUGUUCGCGACGAGUCCAACAGCGAUGCUGAGAAUCGUGAGAAAGAGACUUUUCAUCGUUUGCGAUGUUCCGUCGCUUAAACAUUUUUCCAAGGACUCGCUGUGACGUCAUUACUAAUAAUUAAGACCGAUCCAGUGCCUUUCGACAUCCAACUUCCGGCUAAUUCAGGGUAUAUGAAUCGAAGUUCUCGAUACUCGUUGAUCUGUCGCCCCCUCCCCCCUUCGAGGAGGUUGAAACGCGGACGGAAUGAAAUGAAUUGUUGUUCUUCGUUCCUUGGGAGUUUCGGUGUUCCUAGAAACCUUAUAGAAUUAUUGGACCACAUCGCCGAAACGUUGACUAGAAUAUUGGACCACGUUGCAGCAAAAGAUAAAGAAAAAAAAAGAAAAAAAAAAGAAAAAAAAAAAAAAAAUAAAAAAAAAAAGGAAAAAAUAGAAAAGAAGAAAAAAAGGAAGAAAAACGAACGAACUUCUCUCGUAAUCAACGAAAACAAUUUUAGAUAGAAAAAAAAUUGAGGUCAUCGAAAUGGGUUGGUUAGCGGAUAAACUAAAUAUGGACAUAGAUCUUUUUGAUCACGAGAAGAAACGAGAGGAGAUGAUUUCACGAGAGAGAAUUGAAAAGAACAGCGAAAGCUAAAAGCGUUAGCUUUUCCUCGUAUAAAGGAGAAAACGUAUCUUCACUCGAGUUUUGAUAAUUCAUAGUAUUCCUCUCUCGAGGAAUAGCGUUUAAAACCAUAUUUUCAUGUGAUCGAUACACCGUGUACAUUUAAAAGAUAAAGGAUAGAAAAAAAA